UGAAACGAUGAACACAAAUUUCAUUCUCUACUUCUUUCUCUCCACUUAGAUAAUUCCUAAAUCUCUCAUAGCCUCUAUCACACCAAAUUACAGCAUAGCAUAAAUUGAAGCCUCUAUCACAAUAUUCAAUUUCUAAGGGCCUAGAAGGUAUCGUAGGAGUUAAUUACAGCGGAGUUGAGAUAAGUAAGCCUGUAAGUUUUCGGUGACAAGUUGAGUCUGGGCAGCAUGGGGUGUAUCUCGUGUGAUCAUGUAACUGCGUGUGGUCUUGGCCAUCUUCCGCUGAAAGUUUUUUUUAAUUUAUUAAACUUAUCGAGGAUGUUGUCGUUUAAAUUUUCUAUUACUUUUCCCUAAGUGGUAAUACUUUAUUUUCAACUGGGUACCCAUGUUUUGAAAAUUGUUAUUUUUUUUUUAAUAAAGGCAACAUUAGUAUCUUAACGCCAGUUUAUUUAUGGCAUCUUAUUUUACGUAAGUAAGGGCGUUACAAAAUGGUACCAGAGCCACAAUUACAUUGAUCUUGAAUUCACGCGACAUACACACCAUCGCUGCAAAGGAUCAACUUGUCAUCAAGUAUGUAUGCCUUAUAUAUGUUAUGUCUUAUAUAUUAAAUUUGGUUUAGUCUUUAUCUUUUGAUUUUCCUUUAGUUAGCUAGAAGUUUAGGGUAUGGUUAAUCGAAACAAUUAACUGAUUCUUCGGAGUUAGAAUUUUAGUAUAACUCAAACAAUUUUCUUAUUAGUGUAUUUUUUUUUAUGAGUGAAGAUUAUUUAUUUAUUUAUUUAUUUUACAUGGUGAAUUGUUGCUUGAUGAUUUACGUUUUUUUUAAGUUUAUAUAAUUUAGUGUAUAGAUAUUUCCUUUUUGAGCGAGAUACAUCUUUCGUUAUUAUUCUUACCGCUACCAUCUCCUUUCUUUUGAAGAACAAGUUAAGGGAUUUGAUGGAAAACGGUGAACCCAGAAGAUCAACCCGGUUGAAUGAAAGAGCGGCUGUAAGAGACCGAGCUAGAGGUCGGGGGCGAGGAGGUGCUCACGGUCGAGGUCGCGGUCGAGGCAUGGGAAACCAGCAUGUCCCUGCCGAGGCGGUGAUCCAGGAGAAUCAAAAUGCCCCUGUAAAUGGACAACAACCAGGUCAAGGUGGGGGCAACCACGAAGUCCCUGCUGGGGUAGUUGGUCAAGAACACCAAAACGCCCCUGUAGUGGUGCCACCACAACAAGAAGAUUUGGCGCAAGAAGUUGCUCGUCUCAAGGAAGAAAUUAGGAAGCGAGAUGAAGAGGCUCACAACCGUCAGGAACAACCCAAUCAAGGACAACAUCAAUUUUUGCCGGUGCAAUACUUGCCUGUGCCGGAGGGUCGAUGGGAACCAAUAUAUGAAAGGUUCCGCAAGCAACACCCACCAAAUUUUGAAGGGGGCUCAGAUCCAAUGGAAGCUGAGGAAUGGUUAAGAACAGUGGAAGGUAUUGUUGAGUACAUGCGGCUCGGUAACGGAGAUAGUGUAGCUUGUGCUGCUAGUUUAUUGAAAAAGGAUGCCCGCAUCUGGUGGGAUGUUAUUAAACAAACACGGGAUGUGGCCGCAAUGACCUGGGCUGACUUUGUACAAGUUUUUAACAAAAAAUACUACAGUGAAGCAAUACGCUCAGCUAGAGUUAAUGAGUUCACGAACCUGAGGCAGGGUAAGUCUACAGUUACAGAGUAUGCUCGCCAAUUUGACAGAUUAGCAAAGUUUGCCACAGAUCUGGUUCCUACUAAGUUUUUGAGGAUUCAUCGUUUUACCGAAGGGCUCGACUCCCGAAUAAGUCGGGACAUAGCGAUGUCAGGAGUAAGGGCAACCACGUAUGCUGAGGUAUUGGAAAAAGCCCUAGAAGCUGAGUUGUGUGAAAGUCGUAUACAGAAAGACAAUACAGCAAGGUGGGAGGCCAGAAAGGCCAGUAAUGGAGGUGGUGAUAACAAAAGAAAACUGCCAAGUAACCAACACAACGAAGCCGACAAGAGAAACAAGAUAGGGUCCAAUAACUACAAAGGGAAGAAGCCAUAUGUGGAGUACCCCCUAUGCCCAACAUGUGGUCGUAAGCAUCCGGGAGAAUGUCGACUGAAAGGCAAGACUUGUUACAAGUGUGGGCAACCAGGCCACUAUAAGAAGGACUGUCCACAAAAGGGCGAUCAACUCAAGGAUGACAAACUUGUCCCAGCUCGAGUAUUUGCACUAACCAGAGGGGAGGCUGAGACUAGUAACACUGUGGUUGCAGGUCAGAUUUCUAUCUCUGGAAAACUAUGUACUGUUUUAUUUGAUUCUGGAGCUACGCACUCAUUUAUUGCUUUAAAGAUGAUAGAUAAGUUAGAACUACCGUAUGUAAACUUUAGUUAUAAGUUCAUGACGGAGUUGCCCUCGGGCGAGGUUAUGAUAUCAUCUAGAGGAGUGCGGGAUGCGCCAAUAAGGAUUGCAGACAAGGAACUUAGUGGAGAUCUGAUAGAGCUGGAGAUGAGGGAUUACGAUCUUAUCUUGGGUAUGGAUUGGCUAUCACGACAUGGAGCAACAAUAGACUGCCGAAAGAGGACAGUGACUUUCACCCCUGAAUCUGGAGAGGCAUUCAUAUUUGAAGGAAUCAAAGUCAAGUCAAGCUUACCGCUAGUUACAGCCCUGAAGGCACAAAAGAUGAUACGUGCGGGAUGUCAAGCAUACUUGGCCAGCAUAGUAGACAAGUCAAGAGAAACCACCCUCAAGCCAGAGAAUGUCCACAUAGUAUGUGAAUUCCAAGAAGUUUUUCCGGAAGACCUACCAGGGCUACCCCCAGAUAGAGAGAUAGAAUUUGUGAUUGAGUUAGCGCCAGGCACAGCGCCAAUCUCGAGGGCUCCAUACCGCAUGGCUCCCAAUGAAUUGAAGGAAUUGAAGGCUCAACUACAAGAUCUUUUAGACAAGGGGUUCAUUAGACCAAGUUACUCACCUUGGGGUGCGCCAGUGUUGUUUGUCAAGAAGAAGGACGGUAGUAUGCGGAUGUGUAUAGACUAUCGAGAGCUGAACAAAGUGACUAUAAAGAACAAGUAUCCCUUGCCUCGCAUCGAUGAUUUGUUUGAUCAGUUACAAGGGGCGAUCGUCUUUUCAAAGAUCGACUUGAGAUCUGGGUACCACCAAUUGAAAGUCCGAGAGGAAGAUAUAGCAAAGACGGCAUUUCGAACACGGUAUGGGCAUUAUGAAUUUCUAGUGAUGUCAUUUGGGUUAACCAAUGCCCCAGCAGCCUUCAUGGAUUUAAUGAAUAGAGUAUUCAAGGAAUAUCUUGACAAGUUUGUGGUGGUAUUCAUUGAUGACAUACUCAUUUAUUCAAGGACAAUGGAAGAGCAUGAGGAGCACUUAAGGCUAACUCUAAGUAGACUCAAAGAGCACCAAUUGUACGCCAAAUUCAAAAAGUGUGAGUUAUGGUUGGAGAAAGUGGCGUUUCUAGGCCAUAUAGUGUCCAAAGAUGGGGUAGAGGUGGACCCUGCGAAAAUUGAAGCAGUGAAGAGCUGGCCAAAACCAAAAACCGCAAGUGAGGUUCGGAGUUUCCUCGGACUAGCUGGAUAUUAUAGGAGAUUCGUUGAAGGGUUCUCAAAAAUAGCCACACCAUUGACGAAUUUGACUCGAAAGCAACAAAAAUUUGCAUGGACAGAUAAAUGUGAGGAAAGCUUUCAGACAUUGAAAGAUAAACUCAUAACGACUGUCCCCGUGUGUUCCAACUAA